AUGAAUAUAAUAUCAGUGUAUGCACCAGAGGACAAUAAACCCAAAAAGGAGAGAGAACUUUUUUACGAUCAACUGCAGGAAACUGUGGAGCGUCAACCUGCAAAUGAAGCGAUGAUCGUUCUAGGAGACUUCAAUGCACGCAUCGGAAGUGAAAUCAUACCAGGAAUAAACAGCGAUUUAAUGAGGAGAGGGCAGACAUCGACCAUUGACUAUAUAUUGAGCAACAGGCACAUACAUCCUGCUCAGGUAAGAGACGUCAGAACUUUGAAUUCAGCUAAUGUCAAUAGUGAUCACAGGCUACUGAUGGGAAAAGUUAAACUAAAGUUACCCCUAAAAAGAAACAACAAAACGAACAGAAAAGAACAAAAACUGAACGUAGAAUCCCUGUGGCACGACUCCACAAGAGUUUAUACCAACGAAGACUACAGGAAAAAAUAG